GACUAAGCUCAUUACAACCGUUGAAAUGGGUCGUUUAAGUUUCUGCUUUGCACUGUUCUCUGUGGCAUUGAUGUUACUGGAUUUUACAAGCGCAACAACACCAGAUGCUACCCAGAGGUUUAAGAGGAGCCCCCAAAUGCCACAGAUGCCGCCACCACCAUCUCCUCCGGAAGGAUUUCCAAGUCCACCGGCCAUGCCGUUCCGAAGGGUUAUUAGACAACUACCGGAAGAGGUUCCAGAAGGUCCACCGAAGGAAUCUACAUCCGCAAACGUACAUUCAGUGGUCUGAAGUCAAACCACACCCUCAGACUAGUAUCCAACAUCACCACGCGCAAGGAAGUGACCAGAUGGGGCAUAACUUACAAUAUCACAGCAGCCAAACGAUGAAUGCGCGUUCGAAGCGGGAAGCUCGUGGCACUGGUGGAAAAUUUCCAAAUCGAGGAGGAUAAGUUUGGAAAAAUACAGUAUAAUUUUAUUAUAUUAAUUUCUACGAUAGACAUAUCAACCAAAUAAAGCUAGCAAUCAAUCAAA